AUGUUAAAUUUACAAAAAGUUGAACUUCUAUUGAAUUUUUUCAGGCGAAUAGUAAUCAGGCGAAAAAUAAUCGGGCGAGUUAUCCGUUUCCCCUACAAAUUGAGUGACGACAUGUUGAGUUGCAUUCACACCACAAAUUAUGGUGUUGUUGUUGGCAUCCCAAUUGUCUCUGUAUUUGUGAUAGUACUCGUUAUCAUAGGUAUUAUAGUAAUUACAAUAGUCUUUUUACAAAAGCGCAAAGAAACAAAGAAAAUGGAAAACAUCUGUGUCUUUAAAAUGAAUCGUUCAAACAUCACAAUGAGUGUGUUAGACGGCAACAUUUUAACAAACAAAAAGUCGCUGACAUUUGAUGACAUAUGUGAAGUUAUUCCCGUUGAAAAGGAAUCUCGCGAACUUCUCUGUGUUGGCAACAAAGGCAAAGGCAUUUUGAAAGUCCAAAUGACAACACGUGGCGGCUGUGACAAGUACUCAAUUUGCACAGAACCACAAUUGGUGACUUUGAAGAAAGGCGAGGCGUGCGAAUUUGAGGUGUUUGUGACACCACACUGCUCAUUGAAAUUACACGACGAGAUGAAGAUAGUCACUAUGAACAUUGAAAAUGGUGAGACUGUGUCUGUCCCAAUUGCCAUUGAAAUCACAACAGAAAACUCUACAAAAUUGGAUUACGACGAAUUGAAAGAAGACAAGAAACUUGGGGAAGGCUCGUUUGGGAUUGUCUACAAAGGAAGUUACAGAGGAAAUGUUGUUGCUAUAAAGAAAAUGAAACAGUCAAAUGACACAGACAAACUUAUCAAAGAAUUUGAGAACGAAGUAUCAAUGUUGGACAAAUUUAGAAGUGAGUAUAUUGUCCACUUCUAUGGAGCUGUGUUUAUACCAAAUAAGAUAUGUAUGGUCACUGAAUUUGCACAGUAUGGAAGUCUACAAGACUUGAUCAAACACAGAAAAAAUGAACAAAUUCCGCCAAUGAAAAUUCGAGUUAAAAUGAUGAUUGAUGGAGCAAGAGGGAUAAAUUAUUUACAUGAGAACGGGAUAUUACACAGAGACAUCAAACCAGACAACAUUCUUGUUAUUUCACUUGACUUGAAUGAGAAAGUGAAUGCUAAAUUGACAGAUUUUGGAAGUGCGAGAAAUGUCAACAUGUUGAUGACUAACAUGACAUUCACAAAAGGUAUUGGCACUCCAGUGUAUAUGGCACCUGAGAUAUUAAACAAAGAGAAAUAUAAGAAGGCUGCUCAUAUCUUUUCAUUUGGAGUCACUAUGUAUGAGGCAUUUGACUGGUCUGAAGCUUAUCAAAAUGACACGUUCAAAUUUCCAUGGAAAAUCGCUGAGUUUGUGAUUCACAACAAUCGGCUGAAACGAAAAGACCCAAUAGAAGAAGAGCAAUACAACAUCAUCACACAAUGUUGGUGCCAAAACCCAAAAAGUCGUCCACAAAUGGAGAUGCUGGUGGACCAACUUUUUAAAUUUCUUUGA